UUGUUGAAUAGUGUACACAAAAGCCGACGACUGCCACUAAUUACAACUUACAACAACAACAAAAAGAUACAAAAUUAGAUUACCCACAUGGCCCAGGCCCAUCAGACAAACGACCGGUGCGGUGGAAUACCCAUCCCAAUAGACAUUACGAGUACAUUAUCGUGUCUUCUCAGUCUUGGCAAAAGAUAUACAAUCGCUUAUCAGGAAAAUAUUCGAUAAGCGAAAAAAUACAUGCGUAAACCUAGUUAUCACGCAGUCUCCAGCUAAAAAAGUGCUGGAAACCAAAAGCUUACCACGACUACGGUCUCAGUUGUGUAGUGGCCGGCAUGGCACCCAUCCAAUUAUUAUUAUUGAUCGCGUUGUUGUCGUCUCCGUUGUUCUUCAAUCUCGAUCAGCUAAAAGACUGUUAAUGAUGACUUCGUCGGCGGGUUCGUCAUCGUUAUUGGCAGCUUUGAUUGCAUUUUUGUCAUUGCUGCAAAUAGUUUUGUUUGUUGUUGCAGUCGCCGAGGUAAAUGAUCUCAAAACUCAACCUCUUCUGUCAAUCGAUUUAUAAUUUUUUGAUCUUUUGAUCUUCUUGUGUGCGAUCUUCAGAUUGAGGCCCUUACUCCCGAAGAUGUUCGAUUUGCAACUUUGCGUUGUCAGAAUGACUCAACAAAUGAUCCCUCGUUGCGGUUGCAAUGGUCUUUGAGGAUGUUUCCGGAUAACCAUGAAACUCAUUGUUAUGUUAAGUGCCUGCUAAAUAAAUUAGGGCUAAUUAAUUUAAAAUAUAGGGGGCUUGAUGGCAACAAAUUUAUUCAACCACUGGAAAGUCAGGAUAUGGAAAUCUCUGAGGAAUGUUUUUCCCAUCUCGAAGAUAUACUGAGUGGAACGUGUGAAAGUUAUUACCGGAAAUGGAUGAAUUUGAGGACAUCUUGUAAGGAGUUUUUCUAUAUUUCGCUCUUUGAAGACCCAAGAGAGGUGGAAAAGUUCAAUAGUGAGAAUAUCACUCAGAGUAAAAAACUAGGAGAAACAGCUACAGAAUUCUGCAGCAAGGGUCUUGCCUGUUCCGAAAGUCGGGAACUGACGUCAGAGCAAACUCUGGGAGAUGACAUGUUGAGUGUAUUUAAAUGUGAGCUGGCGUGUAUUUUUCGACACAUUCGUUAUUUUGAUGUUUAUGGAAGAGUUGAUAAAAAUGAAAUCUUUCGCAGUUUUGAAGAAGCAAGUUCAAACUCAAAGUCCAAUAUCCAAAUUGUUUCGAAGUGUGUUCAUAGAGCGAAUUCUCUUUACCCCUUUGGACCAUGUCAAAUGGCUUAUGAGCUUUAUCAGUGUUUUAUGAAGAAAGUUAAAAAUUUUAAAGAAAUUUAUGCACAGCGAGAUAAGAUAAGUCGAUAUUUUUGAUGAAACAAGGGGGGAUACCAAAUCAAGCUGAUAAUAAAAUAAAUAAAUAAAUAAAAGUGAUUCAUAAAUUAAUUGGACUUGAUUAGGAAUUUAAGU